AUGAUUCUGAAUAUUUGGUCCUUCCUCGGGUUACUUGCGUUCUGCAGUCAGGCUUUGGCAUGGACUAACCCGAUCCGAAACCCCGGCGGAGCAGACCCUUUUGUUGUGUAUACGGGCGGAUAUUACUAUCUUCUCACUACCACAUGGAGCGACGUCGAAAUUGCGCGUUCGACGACUGUCGCAGGUCUCGAAACUGCGACCAAGAAAGUGGUAUACACUACAACUGAUACAUCACACUGCUGCAAUGUGUGGGCUCCGGAGGUACACUACCUGGGAGGCAAGUGGUACAUUUACUAUACGGCGGGAGAAAGUACAGAUCUCGAUGGACAGCGGCUCCAUGUUCUCACUGGCGGAGCUACUCCUUGGGAUACCUACACUUAUAGUGCACAAUUGACAACCGAGUGGUCCAUCGAUGCCUCAGUCCUCCGAUUCAAUGAUUACGGAAACUAUCUCAUGUUUUCCUGUUUCCACGGCGUGACCUAUCAAUCAAUCUGUCUUCAAAAAUUAGGAUCAGACUAUAUCUCAUUGACCGGCAGCAUCUAUGUGAUCUCACAACCCGAUCAAACAUGGGAGAAGAACGGCACCCCCGUUAACGAAGGACCCGUUGCACUGUACUUUGGCGGCAAGACUUAUAUCACCUACUCCGCAUCCUAUUGCUGGACGGCCAAUUACUGCCUGGGCACUUUGGAGUGGGAUGGCAGCAGCACUCCAACGUCAGCAAGUGCGUGGACGAAGAGUAGUAAAUGUGUACUCUCCUCGGCCAAUGGAAACUAUGGAACUGGCCACAACUCGUUCUUUUCCAGUCCGGAUGGCUCGCAGACUUGGAUUGCGUACCAUGCUACCACUACUAGCACUGGCGCGUGUGACGAUAGUCGGUAUACUAUGUUUCAAUUACUGGGAACGCAUAGUGACGGCAGUCCGAACUUUGGGACUCCAGUCGCUUGGACGCACGCUUAUAGUGAACCGAGUUCUUGA